AAUCUGAUGUCGACAGCGUCGGAUAUGCGGAUCAAAGGAGAGUCUGACUCGGGCAUGAAGCGAAGUUCAGGGAGGGAGUGGCUCAGUCAAAAAUCCAACGAUGGGGCGCCGGCGUUGAAUCGUUUUGUCGAUGCUGUACCGUGCGGCCGAGAGAUGGUAGCAGUCCACAGUAUAAGUGGCGCUCUCGGCGAAGUGGAACGAUUAUGACUCAUAGGAUGCUGCUUUACCCGGCCAGUCUGCAGCGCAUCCGUAUCGACAGGUUUCGCGUCGAUUUCGUGGCUUUCUGUGCUGUGUAACGGGUGACAAGGGCCGAAACAACGGGGUCGGGUGAUGACCAGGA